CCGUCAAGGGCGCCAAGGAAACGGGAGUGGCUUCCAAGGCCACCGUUCCUUUCUUUCUCCUCCUGCUAGCAGCACCACGCCCACGCCCACGCCACGGCACGAGCACAGCCAGAAACCACCAGAUAACGCACCGCACCGCACCGCACGCGACCAAACAAGCUAGACCGAGGCGGAGAGAGCGGCGAGAGAUUGGGAGCUCCGGCAGGCGGCAGCCGGGAAUCGAGCCGAGGAGCCCGCCGAGCCUGCAGGGGGGGCAUAGGAACAGAUUGGAAGGGGCGGAGCGCAUGGAGGAGCCGUCCAUGGUCGACCCGCCGCGGAUCUUCUGGAAGUCCAGGAGGAGGCCGUCGUCAGCAAAUGGCCGGAGCUUGCAAGCACAAGAACAUAACAACGAGGCUGCUGCCACAGAAGAGGCAGCAGCAGACAAUCUUCCGGCUCAAGGAGAAGCCAUGAAGAUUGAUGAAGUAAAUGCAGCAAGCACUACCACAGAGGAUGAUGCUCAUCAGGCAGAUCCGAUGGCUAACCUAUCCGAGAAGCGAAAGGCGCUCUUCGAGCCCCUGGAGCCAAUCAACGGCAAGCGCAGCUCCGCUGACAUGCUGCUCCCACCACCGGACUUCGAGCCUGCGUCAUAUCCAAAGGGAUGGCUGGUUGGUAAGAAGCGCAAGCUCGUCAAUGUCGAUGUGGUGGAGAGCAUGAGGAGGAUAGCUAUCCUGGAAAUGAACAGAAAGGACCGUGAAAUCGGCGGGCUCAAUGAACAGCUAGAGGAGGACUCCCGCGUGCUGGAGCUUCUGCAGAAGCAGCUCACGGACGAGCGCAGGAAGCGGUCGGAGAUCGAGAAGGAGAACUCCAUGCUUCAAGAGCAGGUGUCCAUGCUGAUGAGCAUGCUCGACGAAAACGAAGCCUUCGACGAGGAAGGAGAAGAGGUGCCACCGCCUGACCCAUCCUUCGAUUAAGCAUUUCCGAGAACUGCAGGUUCCCUUUUAUAAGAAAAGGCAUCUGGAGCACGUCCAUCUUUGGGUACCAAUUAGAGAGUAUCCCGGAGGUUUCUAUUGAUCUCUUGUCUAGAAUUCAAUUUAUAUUAUUUCGUUUCAUGGUUUGCAUUGUGUAGACGAAGGGUGCAUGUUUUAUUGUUCCUGUUCGUAUCUAGGUUUGUUGCAGAUGUAUGGAGACAUUUGUGACACUUUUUAUUUGAAAUGCAAGAGUGUGUAUAUGGUA